GUUUUAGCAAUGGCUAUCAGCUCUUUUACAAGUCCUAUGCUGCUUCUGCCACUAGUCUUACUUCUAGCCAUUUCAACAACAACACAAGCUAACGACCCCGACAUCUUAACCGACUUCGUCACUCCAAAUUCAAGUAGCGUAGAUGCGAGUUUCUUCACCUAUAGUGGACUCAGAAACUUCUACAACCCAGACCAGAAAAACUUCACGGUGGUUAAAGCUUCCAUGAAGGAGUUCCCAGCUUUAAACGGUCAAAGCGUGUCGUACGCCGUACUCCAGUUCCCACCAGCAGCGGUGAACCCGCCUCAUACUCACCCUCGUGCGGCUGAAUUGUUGGUGGUGAUGAUGGGUACACUGGAAGUUGGAUUUGUUGAUACCACAAACGUGUUGUAUAACCAAACGCUUCAAGAGGGGGACAUGUUUGUGUUUCCGAAAGGACUUGUGCAUUUUCAGUACAAUAGGAACCACAAUCAGUCUGCAAUCGCGGUUUCGGCUUUUGGAAGUGCGAAUGCUGGCCUGCUUUCAGUGCCCAAGUCUGUUUUUACUACCGGUAUUGAUGAAAAUGUCUUGGCAAUGUCGUUUAAAACCGACGUUCCAACUGUUCAGAAAAUCGAGCUAGGCAAUGUCGUUUAAAACCGACGUUCCAACUGUUCAGAAAAUAAAGAAUGGCUGUAUGUAUUAAAGAGCUGCAUUUUGAGAACCAAUAAUUAAUAACAUAAAGAUGAGUAUAUUGGACCAAUCAUGUCCAUUUUUUGAGCUUUACUUAUCACUUAUUACCCAUUUUGUUCCAAACAUUUGGUUGGAAAAUUUAGUAUUUUGGUUGAAAAAAUGAAACUAAGAAAUUGAACACCAA